AUGAAAAUGUCAAUUCGAACCACUCUGUUGAUAAUAUCACUAUGGACGAUACAAACAUAUGGCCUUAGACACCUCCCAAAGAGAACGGCCUCUAUCUCAUAUAAUGAAACAUCAACGGGUUCCGGAACAGCUACCACUACUCCUGAAGCAAGUCUCGAAUGCUGCUAUCUCUCUUCAUUUCAAGUCGGCCAAGUUCUAUGGUAUUCUGAAAGCAUCGAUAUUACUGUAGCUACUGUCUCUACUAUCGUUUACCAGUACGACGACACAGCCAUCACGAGUAUCCAGACCAUUCCUACAAACUUUACAGCCCCAUCGAAACCCAUAACGCGAUCGUCAAUUAGUGGUCUUCCUACAACCAUAAUUGGGACUGAUUUGGGGGUUUACGGAGCCGAGACAACCUUCAUUCACGGUACCGCUUUCACCGAUCCUUAUGGAAAAGUCUAUGAAUCGCCAACACCUGUUUGGGUAUAUACAGAUGUCAUAUAUGCAACUGCAUCACCGACAUUCAAGCAUGGUUCAUACGCAUGCCCUCGUCCGAGUGACAUCAGAAGCUCAUCCGGUGAUGAAAUAUCUCCUUAUCCAUCUGGGUUCUUUCUUGCCGAUGAAGAUACAGAUUACGGCUGGAACUCGCCAGGAGCUUUUUCAACAACAUUGCCAAUGCAAUUGCGUGAUUGGAUGGUCAAGUAUGCCGCAUCAGAUAAAUCAGACUCCCUAACAAACAUUGAAAAUUGUAAAUUGGGUGCUGGACGAGGUGUUCCCACCGCCUUUGUCCCCUAUAAUGAAAUCACAGCUACUAUCACCUCCACAUCAAUUAUGAAUGCGAACUAUGGUGCCGAUAUUGUUGCAACUUCAACCAGCGAGACAACUGAAUCAUCAACAUCCGCAUCAUCUAGAAUAUCGUCCACCACUUCGAGUCACACUACUACCUCAUAUUUCACUCGCUCAACCACUACAACCUCCACUACUACAAGUACCAAAACAGCAAUAUUAUCCAGCAUCCAAACAAAAAUUUCGGCAGUGAACGCAGCCGUCAUAAACACAAUUACCUCAACGCCAGUCGAAACACCCUCUUCCGUUUCCAAGGCAUCAAGUACUACAUCUACCACCUCGCUCUAUAAUAUAGCGGGCGAUGAAACAAUGGCGCAAAACGAGACGGUGGCAGGAAGUGCAACUACAUCUGCGAUUAGUGGAGGAGGAUUAGGGAAAAUUGUGGUGGUUAUGGAUUGGGCUAGCACGAGUACUUCAGAGGGGGUCUUGGGGGCGCAGACUGGAACAUCAACGAUACCAGCGUUAGCUGAUAGUACAGCUGCGGGGGUAGUGCAGAGUUCGAAGACUUCUGAGGGCAUCCCAGGGAGGAAGACUGAUAUUGUGUGGUUGGGUAGUGCGAUUUUGGUGGUUUUGGUUGGGGCUCUGGGUUUGUAA